UUGGAAAAUUCAUUUUAUAUUGUAGGAUGAUGCAACGUGGAAGUUUCUAGGCACUAAAGUCAUAAUGACCGGGUAGACUCAAUUAUAUAAUAGCCCCUACCAUACUGUUCCACUUUUUGACUAUUCAUUUCUUAUAUAAUUUGCAACUUUGGUUUGUGAAUUUAGUAGUUUCAUAUUCAUCAAAGAAUUUGGAGUUGUUCUUUAGCCUCAAAAUGGCUUGCAAUAUGACAAGAAUCAUCUUCAAAUUCAAGUUGUCUUAUUGUUUUGUUGAUGGUAGCCUUCCUUUGAAUCUUGUUACAAGGAGGGGCUUUUGUGCAACACAAGCAGAAAGAGUGUCAACAAAAAGGGAGCAUCAGCAUAAAUCAGGGGAAGAUCAAAAGACAAAUUCUGUUUCUUCAGAAUCAUCAUGGGUACCAGACCCUGUCACUGGAUAUUACAAGCCUCCAACUCAAACUAAUGAAGAGAUUAUCAACAAAAAUAACAACAAAAACACUAAUAAACCAUAGUUGAUAUUAGAAACAAUAAGAAAGACAAGCUCAGUGCACUAAGAAGUCCAUCACAAGAGUUUAUCGUACGCAGCCGAAACAGUAGAAAAGAAUAUUAGUAGUAUCAAUGAUAAUGAAAAAGAGAGAAGAUACAAAGGCCCUUUGCCUAUUUGUAGCAUUUUGUUAUCUUGAUUAUAUAUGUUGUCAAUACUCUUCUUUA